AUGGCAGAGGAGAGGCAAGCGGCUCUAAAGGCGGUGGGCGAAGUGAUGCAGGCGGCCACCUAUGCCACCUUCAUUACCACGGACGCCGCCCACGCACCACAAGCAAGAUUGGUGUAUCCAGGCCCACCGGCAAACGACUAUGGGGUAAUCUACAUCUCCACAAACCCUUCCACUCGCAAGGUGGCCCAGCUGCGGGCGAACCCAGCGUCAGCCCUCAGCUACACCGCCAAGGACUGGCAAGCGUAUGUGACACUGAUCGGCUCCACCUCCAUCAUCGAUGACCCAGAGGUGCUGCGCAAGCACUGGCGCGAAGAUCUCCUUGUCUAUUACGCUGGCGGACCGUUGGGCGGAAACUUCGUUGUGCUCGAGUUCAAGCCCCAGCAGAUAGAGAUCGUCAGCUACCACCACGCCAUCGCCACCGACCCCGACAGGUGGCAACCUAUGGUGCUGCGGAGGGAAGGUGAAGCAUGGCAGGUCGAUCCUCGUUCGCUGCAGCCCAAGCAGCAACGCAGAAAAAGAGAAGACACGGCCCGGCUGUGA